UCAAGCACAAUUCAAUGUGCGAAAACCUGAAAUGGAAACGUUCCCUCACCUGCGUUUAAAGCUAUUGUGAGCAUAUUCAGAAUAAAAUCAAAGAAGCGUUCAUUAGAUACUCAACAGCAUUGUGUGUGGCCAAAAGAAUUAGCAGUUGAUGGUUACUUGUUUUCCCGCUCAGGGUCCUUGUCACAUUAAGCUAGAUGCCGCCCUGGACGCCAUCGCCAGCUCUCAACAGAACCUCGGCGAGAAGUUCACCACCUUCUACCUCCCCAACUGCGACAAGCAUGGCUUCUACAAAGCCAAGCAGUGUGAGUCAUCUCUGGUGGGACCUCCCGCUCGCUGCUGGUGCGUCUCGGCCUGGAACGGCAAGAUUCUCCCCGGAGCCGGCAACAUCCCCGGCGACUCAGAGUGCCACCAGGAAGUCACUCACUGAAGCAGGAAAUUAUACACACAUACACACACACACACACAUA